AACCAAAUUCAGAUAUAGAAAUUGACAAUGAUGACAUAAUAGAGUCAAGGUUAACACCAUCUUUACCUCUAAAUGAAGAGGAAUUAUCUAAUGAAGAAUUAUUAUCCAAUAAUAAAGAAUCUGAAGAACUUAAUU